CGCUCACACCCAGCGCAGUGCACGCGCAACAUGUAGGUCUGCGUGAGCAGCAGGUGGAUAACUUACUUAUCUGAUAUGAAGUAUUUAAGUUGUAUUUGAGGAUCUGAGGUCAGCGGUCAACCCCGAACGAACUCGGUACAGAAGAAAAUAUUGUUUUGCUUGCCAGCCUACUUUCACUGAAGGUCGGUGAAGUUAUUACCUGCGGGGAAAUGGGCUCGAUUUCUCUUUAAAAGUGUGCGGAAUUGGGUAACUCAUACGGGUGUGUCAGCUCUACAGAGCUAACCAACUUAGAAUGCUGCUGGAUAAAAUGGAUUGAACUUUAGUUUUGUCUUUAAAGUACCUUUCCCUGGCCCAUAUUUUGUAUAACCCUUGGGAGGGUUUAUUCGAUUGCAAUCGGGGUUUUGAAUGUGUGUAAAAGCAGUUCUCUUGGGAGGGUGAAAGUUCGACCGCGUCUCUUUUGUUUCCAUGGAUAAAGACGAAUGUGGAACUGUCACAAGGAAUUUACACUUUCAAACAAUCGUCUGAAUUCUUUGUGGAACUUUGUGCCUAUGGAUGACAGCGUUGAGGGUGGAAGAUAGGAACGGAAUCUACGAGGUCAUAGUCUGAAAACCCGGAGCAAGGGAGGUCGAGGCUUGAUUCCUGGCGUCCGUAAUCGAUACACGUAAAUAUCUGUAUAGUUUUACGUCGUUUUUGGUUUCGCUGAGAUUUGGCUUUCGGCAAUGGGGGACUGCUUCACGUGGUGCUACCGAACCUGUACGUGCUGUCUGUCUGAGGAAGAGAGAAAGGCCAUCGAAGUGGACAAGCAGAUUCAGGUCAUUCUCAAUGAUCUGAAAAGACGAGAACGGAGCGAAAUCAAAGUGCUUCUACUCGGCACGGGUGAAAGUGGGAAGACCACCUUCAUCAAGCAAAUGCGCAUUAUUCAUGGGAAGGGUUAUGAUGAGAAGGAGCGGCGGGCAUUUGCUAGACUCGUCUUCCAUAACAUCUUCACUGCCAUCAAGUCCCUGACCGUUGCCAUGACCACCCUCAAGAUUCCGUACGCCCGUCCGGAAAACCAGUUGUAUGCUCAGUGGGUUCAGGACGUCGACCCCUGGCAGGUGAACGAGCUGGAGCCGCGUUAUGUGGACGCCAUUCGUCACCUCUGGGCCGAUGGGGGAGUCAGAGUGUGCUACGGCCGGCGUCGGGAGUUCCAGCUACUGGACUCUACUGAAUACUACAUGACUAAUUUGGACCGCAUCGCUGCCCCAAACUACAUCCCCACUCACCAGGAUGUGCUGCGGGUUCGAGUUCCCACCUCAGGCAUCAAUGACUACUCCUUUGAAGUGGAGAAAGUCCUCCUCAGGAUAGUGGAUGUGGGGGGUCAGAGGUCAGAGCGACGGAAGUGGAUCCACUGCUUCGAGUACGUGACGUCGCUCAUCUUCCUGGCCUCCCUCAGCGAGUACGACCAGGUCCUGGAGGAGAAUGAGUCUGCGAACCGCAUGGAGGAGAGCAAGGCGCUCUUCUACACCACCAUCCACUCGCCGUGGUUUUCCCGCGCCUCCGUCAUACUCUUCCUCAACAAGACGGACAUCCUGGCCGACAAGAUCCACACCUCCGAUCUGCAGGCGUACUACCCGGCGUUCACAGGUGGUAAAGGUGAUGCUGAUGCGGCCAUGCAGUUCAUCCAGACGAUGUACCUGCAGCAGACAGUGAGCAGAGAGGAGAAGAAGAGUAAACCCGUGUACCCGCACUUCACCUGUGCCACAGACACGCAGAACAUCCGCAAGGUGUUCAACGACGUCAAGAACACCGUCCUCAUCAACUCCCUGGAGCAAUACAACCUCUACUGACCUCUGGCCUCUUGGCCAUACCACUGUGCACCCAUGGUGGUAGCUAUCUCCCUAGGUCAGGGCUGUGAAUGCAACAGAAUGCUGCUAUUCCUCUUUCUUCUGAUCGGAGAUCAGCCAGCGUGGUCUUGGAAUGUAGGGAGGAAUGCUCUGUGCUCAGUUCAAAGUGACCAGGGCUUAGCUAUCAUGAGCUGAGUUACCAUGGGUUGCGCUACCAUGGCAAACCAGGACAUGCUACUCAUCCACAUAUAUGCUACUCACACACACACACCCCCCUCCACCACAGAGCGGAGGUUUCACUUCAUCAUGAGGCUACCUGCGGUUCCUCUUAGUGCGGAAGGCCUGACCUCUGCCUCAGCGGUGACAUUUCCAGCCUGAGCCAAUGAAAACGUCAACUCCGCC